UAUUUCCAUGGUGAUUGCCAAGGCCGUCGACGGCGGCGGAGGCGGAAGCGACCGGUUGUGUACGAAUGUGGCACUGAUGCGAGAGCUCCUGAUCAAGGAAGACGAUGCAUCGAUCGUCGUGAAGCCUCCUCACAAAGUCGUUCCUCCCUACGACAACGACGACCAGCAAGAAGAAAGCCAACGCCGGUCCAUCUCGAAGCGCGUCAAGCGUGCGAUGCUCGCGUUUGCCCACGCGUCGUCGUCCGCACGACGACAAGCAACGUCUCAUUCGUCCCGUUCCCCGUCGUUGUCGGACGUUGCUUCGACUGACACUACGUCCGACGCACUCAUGGAAGUGUUUUCGUCGCACGAUCCUCGGAAUCGGGGUAAACUUGCAUGGGACGUAUUCAUUGAGGUCCUCGACAGGGCGUUCCAUCUCAACCUGUCUGCCGCAGAGCGCCGACUCUUUCGAAUCCAUUUGCACGUCCCUGACGGCGGCACCGUUUCGUACAUGAAAUUCAUCGCACACGUGUUCGAUCAUCAUGCCAAGCCGACGUCGCCUUCGCCGUCAUCCAGUAGUACCCAACACUACCACCAUCUUCUCCAAGAAAACGACCACGGCCCUCGUGUACCUCUGUCGCCGCAUCUCCCCCUCCUCCACUCCACCUCUGCAGCAUCAUUAGACUUGAACGACAUCGCACGAACAAGGCGGCGGCAACAAAGUGAUCUCAUGUGCACCAAGCAGUUCCUCCAGCAGAUCGUCAAGCAAGCAUGUGUGGAAGCCACGCUGUGGCAUGUGAACAUCCCGCAAGUGCUUCGGCGCGCCAUGCACAGCCAGCCGUUGGACAUCGACGACGACGUCGUUCUGCACAACGACACGUCGUCGCAGAUUUCACUCGAUCAAGCGCAAUUCUUCGUCGCCAUGUACGUGAGCUUCAAUGUCCACGCCGCCCGAGACGCCGACGCCUGCCGCAUCUUUCACCACCUCCAAAAACCAGAUGCCAUCGGGACCCCCCCGCCGUCUGUGACGCUGUCCGAUCUCUUGGAUGCCCUCGUUCGGUUUGGUUUGCUCAAACAACGCACGUCGACCCCAACUACUACUAGUACUACACCUACUAGUACUAGUACUACGCAGCCCCCUCCACUCACACUCUCGACGCUGCCCUCACUCGUCGGCGGCUUUGGCUAGAUACUACAGACGGGUAUUGGGUUUGCGGAAGAAUGAAUGCGUUGAGAGAGUGUUGUUU